UUCUUGUUAUCUAAAGCGGUGCCAUAAAGACAAGCAGCGGAAAUGUAAUGCAGUUCACACUGGACUUUAAGCUGAUCUCGACCGAUAAUGACUCCUGGCUGUAGCUCAAAUGUUGAAACACUUUCACUCUCAAUUAAUGGGACACAAACUGUUGAUAGGAGGGCAAACUGGAUUAACGGUAAUGCAUUAAGGAUUGCAGAUUUUCUCUGGACUUUGGAUAUGAAGCAGCUGUUUAUUCUGUCAGUAUUGUUGGUCUCUGUGUCUUCUUGUCCUGAUGGGGAGUUCACCUGCACAUCUGGAGAAUGUCUUCCUCCAGAACUUGUCUGUGAUUUUAAGGAGGAUUGUAAAGGAGGCUCUGAGGACGAAUUUUCUGGUUCGUGUAACUUUGAGCAUCACACCUGUGGCUGGAAUGACACCUCCCAACGCUGGAAACGGCAGAUGGCAAACAUGACUUCAAUACCUGGACAGGACCACACCACAGUAACCCCUUGGGGACACGUCAUGCAUGUAAGUGGUUUUCAAGUGGCGAGUUUGGAGUUUGCUGUUGUCAACGGGACAGCCCUAGGAUGUCAGAUCAGGUACUGACAAUAAAUAAAUAUCAGUG